AUGCCCGGAACGACUCUUGUUUAUUUUUCCUUAAAGGUCUCUUCCUUCCUUUUCCUCAUCUUCUCCACUCUUCUCCUUUCCCCUCCUCCAUUUUCUUUUUGUUCCCUUACUCAUCCUCCUUUUACUUAUCCUCAUCCUCCUGCUUUUCCUCCUCUUUUUCUUCUCCUUCUACAUUUUCUUAUCGCACUCCAUCCCCUCCCACCCCAGUUCUCUUCCUUAUUCUUUUUUUUUUCUUCUUUUUUCCUUUCUACACUCUCCUCAUCUUCCAUUUGCUUCUCUUUGUCCAAUUCAUAUUCAUUCAUUAUCUCUUUUCCGUCUUUUCCCACUGAGCCAUUUUCCUCUCCUCCUCUUCCUCCUCCUCACUCUCCUGAUUUUUCUCUGACUACAUCUGCUUUUCCUCAACAUUUUUUUCUCCAUUCUUUCCUUUAUCCUCCUUUUUCUUUAUAUCCCGGGGAUCAUCAGUUUUCCUUUUGGCAAAAUGAUUACAUAUGCUGCUACCACCCGUUUUAUAUAACUUUUGUCAUUAUCACCACCGCCAUGAUUGUCGUUGUAACUUCUUCAACUCUGCGUAUUAUUAAUACUGAUAUUCCUUGUUGCUGUCGCCAUUAUUCUAGCACCUCAAAACUAAUUUUGUUCGUGAUCAUCUCUCUCUCUCUCUCUCUCUUCUUCUUCUUCUUCUUCUUCUUCUUCUUCUUCUUCUUUUCUUUUCUUUCAUAA